AUGGACUUCCUCGACGAGCUCGAGUCUAUGGCUCAAUUCGCUGUCUCGCAACCAGGAAAUGUUGAGCCUGACUGCGACGACAUCAAGAGGUGGCAGUCUCUCUUCGGUUCAUACUCUGAUGCCGCAAAGAAGAUUCAGGAUCAACGAUCCGACCUCGCACGCGUGCAAGUGUCCGAAGUCCACUGGGAAAUGGUACGCGCGGAAAAACAGGCUCAAGGCUACGACAAGGAGUCGUACGAAUAUUCUUGCAGCCUCCCUCAGCGCAUCUCGCAUGCCGUCGACAAGAAGACCAAGAAGAAGCAGAAGCUCACCACCUACCUCCUCAAGCUGGAAGGUCUCUUCUCCACCCCCGAGGACGUCAAGAUUGCCUGCGGCUCGUCCAUGCUAUUGCCCAAGUUCAGCGGCACCGAUGACGAGGGCACCGCAGCCUCUUUCUGCAAGGUCGAUGAGCCGACCAAGAAGAUCCUCCUCAAUCAUCUUUCCGCUAUUGAGUCUACCUUCCAGCCCACGUUCAUUCGCUACUCAAAGGCGGAAAAGAAUCUCUCUGCCACUUCCGCACAUCCCACUCUGGGAUUCGAGGCCACCUUGCCUCAUAACCGUCCAACGAGCUCCUCGGAUCAACGACUCCUCCCGACCCAAGACCAGUACCCAGUUUGGUACUUCUUCUACGGCACCUUGGCAGAUCCGGGCGUCCUGAACAACCUUCUCGGCAUUGAGAAGCCAGUCUACCGCGCUGCAAAGAUUCGCGGUGGCAGGCUGACUACCUGGGGUGGGAAGUACAAGGCCUUGGUCGAUGCGUCAGCCUACGAGGUAGGUUGUGUGGUGGAGGGACACGCCUUUCUCGUUACGAGCAAAGACCAGGAAGAUGCACUUCAGUGCUACGAGACUGACAACUACGAGGUGGUCUGA